AUGUAUAACUCUACAUAUAUGUUUGAUGAUGAUUCUGAUGAUGAAAUCCCUACCCAACAAGCGAUUCAGGAAAGCUUACAAGAUAGGCAUAAAAUUGAAACAAGUGGCAGUGCAACAGAGGAUGAAAGUUUCCAGUAUAUUGCAAGUAAAGAACAUGGAAAGAUAAUUGCAGCAAUUCGGACAGGCCAAGAAGAGGCCUUGAUGAAGUUGGUGAAGCACAGUACUGCUUUUGAAGAAGCAGAUCAGCAAGGCUGGCUUCCUGUGCAUGAAGCUGCAGCACAGCUAAAUAAGAACAUCCUUGAAAUAACUUUGAAAGCCUCCCGUGCAAUUACGUGGGAACAGACUACUCUAAAAGGGGAAACACCUCUCUUGGUGGCAGUAAGAAAUUGCUUUGUAGACAAUGUCCGCUUUCUCCUGCUCAAUGGCUGCAAUCCCAACGUUAAGAAUGAAGAGGGAGAUUCUCCUUUAGUUACAGCAAUUAAACAUGAUUCGUAUGAGAUUGCCUCCUUGUUGAUAAGUUCUGGUGCAAAAGUGAAUUUGCAGUGUGUCCACAAGAGGACUGCUUUACAUGAGGCAGCCAGACUAGGCAGGAAGGAUCUGGUGAAGCUUCUCCUUCGGUCUGGAGCAGAUCCUGACCCUCGCAGUGGAUAUGGGCUCACACCUCUAGCACUGGCUGCACAGAUCGGACAUACAGAAAUUAUGGAGCUCUUAUUGCAAAAAGGUGCAGAUGUUCUUGCACAGGCAAUGGAUUGUGCUUCUGUCUUAUUUGAAGCAGCAGGAGGAGGAAAUCCAGAUUCUCUGAGUCUUUUACUAGAAUAUGGGGCUGAUGCCAAUGUACCAAGGCACUCGGGUCAUUUGCCAAUCCACAGAGCUGCAUAUAGAGGACACUUUCUAGCCCUAAAAAAUUUAGUUCCAGUUACUAAUUUUGAUGCCAUUAAAGAAAGUGGGAUAAGUCCAGUUCACUCAGCAGCAGCAGGAGCACAUCCUCAGUGCCUUGAGUUUCUCCUCAAAUCUGGGUUUGAUGCCAAUUUUAUGCUGGAUCAAAGAGUUCGUAAAGGCUACGAUGACCACCGGAAAUCAGCUUUGUACUUUGCUGUUUCCAACGGGGAUAUCUGUUCAACACAGUUACUGUUGAAUGCUGGAGCCCUGCCAAACCAAGAUCCCAUCAACUGUCUGCAAAUAGCCUUGAGAAUGGGCAACUAUGAGUUAAUAAAUCUACUGCUCCGACACGGGGCUAACGUCAAUUACUUCUGCAGAGUGAAUACAACACAUUUUCCAUCAGCUCUACAGUAUGCUCUGAAAGAUGAAGUCAUGUUAAGAAUGCUGAUGAACUAUGGGUAUGAUGUGCACCGCUGCUUUGAUUGCCCUCAGGGAAACAGUUCGCAUUCCCAGUAUGUGACUGAUGGAUGGACUUCUACUGUUAUCAAAGAUACAAUGUUCUGUGAAGUGAUAACCUUGUCAUGGUUGAAGCAUCUGUCUGGGAAAGUAGUGCGAGUAAUGUUAGAUUACGUCGAUCACGUUAGUAUCUGCUGGAAGCUAGAAGCAGUUCUCAAGGAACAGGAACUCUGGCCAGAUAUCAAUUUGAUUUUAACAAAUCCUCGCUCUCUGAAGCAUCUUUGUCGUCUGAAGAUACGGGAACGCAUGGGCCGGUUGCGUCUCCGUUGUCCUGUCUUCAUGAGCUUCCUUCCACUGCCAAACUGCUUGAAAGACUACAUACUAUACAAGGAAUAUGAUCUUUAUGGACAGGAAAACUUCACAGGAACCUACAACCUCAACUGUACAUAA